AUGGCUACUACAAAAGCAUUAAGGGCAAAGAUCUACUCCAUUUCAGGCAUCCAUCGUAGCACAAAUGCAAAGAAAUUGAACUCUAAAAAGUUGGCAAAAAGAAUCACUGUAGGUGGCAUUCCUGCUGAUGCCUCCAUUCAUGUUGAGCACGAGUCAUUUGGCGAUGAUCUGACAGCUAUUCCUUACGCUCGAAUUCUGAAAAGGGCUGAUUCAACCACAGGUACCGAUGAUGCCAUUGCCCAGCAACCAGAAUCUGACAGCAGCAGCUCUACCGAUUCAAAUGUCAGCAGCGAUGACAGCUCUUCAUCUCAAGAAUUCAAGGGCAAACAGGCUUCUGAUAGCACGGCGACGGCUGAUGAUAGUAAUGCACCUACUACAGUCAAAGGUGACAACCAGAAGGCAUCGGCGACAAAGGAUAAUGAUAAUGCCAUGACCACCGAUGAUCAGACUUCCUUGACAGUCAGAAUGGCCGCUACUUCCGUUCAAGAUGAUUCAACCACUAAUGCUCAAGAGGACAGCACCAAAACAACUGCCAAUGCGAAUAAAACGAGUGCUAAUGAUCAAGCCGCAUCAACCACAUCUGCUGAUUCAACUGCCGAUGACAACACCAAGAGCUCCACCCAGCAGCAGCCGACAUCUUCACAGGAAAAGCAGACAUCCAGCACAAAGGAAACAGUUUUUUCCUCUUCUUCAGAGCAACCCAGUACUACACCGGCAGCAACGACUGAAGCACCAUCUUCUACAGCCGCUGAACCCAACACAAGUACCACAAGAUCUUCUCAAAGAACUACCACUAUAUCUGCUGCAGAACCUACCUCGAGUUCUAUUGAGCCAUCGAGCUCUGCAGAGCCUACUACAACUACCAGUGCAGCUCCUGUACCCACCUCUAGCUCAACUGAGCCUUCAAGUUCAAUGGAUCCAACUACUACUGCAACAACAGCAGCACCUACUAGUAGCUCAAUUGAGCCAACAACAUCUAGCACCACUGUUGCGCUCAUUGUCACUUCCUCUUCUGAGCCUCCAUCUACUACAGCAACCACGACUACUACAUCUUCCAUCGCUCCUACUACAAGCUCCAGUUCCAGCGCUAUCACUUCUACAGUUGAGUCGAGUACAAUUGCGACAACAUCUAGCUUGAUCCCUUCAUCCACUACUACCGCCACCACUACGAGUGCAAUUCCUACGAGCAGCAUUAUUGCCAGCUCCUCCAUAAUGACUAGUUCUUUUGUUCCAUCAUCUGUUGCCAGUAGCUCAUUUUUGCUUCCAUCUUCCGUCUUCAGUAGCUCCUCCAUCUCCUCUGCUACAUCUUUGGUUUCAAGCAUGGCAUCUGCUGCUUUUUCUAGUAGUACCUCAUCUGCCCAAGCUACAUCUGCCACGAGUGCUGCACAAGCAUCUCCUUCAACCACUGACCUUCCAAUGAAUAAUGCUGAGCCUUCCAGUUCUACCAAUAAGGGCGCAAUUGCUGGUGGUGUUGUUGGUGGCGUUUGCGGUGCCGCACUGUUAGCCGCCUUAUUCUUUUUGUUGUUUAGAAGGUCCAGACGUAGCAAGAAUCAAAUGCAAAAGAGCGGUACAAAUGACAUGUUCCAAUACUCACCAGAAAAUGGUGGAUCAAAUUGGGGAGAUACCGCAAAUACCACUGCUGUUGGUGCUGGCGGAGUAGCUGUUGGCGCCCGUGCUUUUGUACCACCCGCUGAUGCACAUUCAACGCCUUACACAGAUGAUUACCCCCCUACAACACCUCACAGUGCGACUCACAACAAUGACGAUGGCUAUUACUAUUCGCCUACCAAUGCGAAUGGGUAUCAACAUGAGGGCGAUUACUACAACACGCCCAAUGCUGCUGUUGCUGGUGGUUACUACAACUACACUGAUGAUAGUCAAAUGGGAAGCGAGCCUUACAGCGCUCAACACUAUUACAGUGAAGGAUACAGCGAUGCUACUGCUACUGGUAUGGCAGGUGCCACUGGAAUGGCAGCAUCUGGUGCUUAUAGCGCGCAUGGUGCUUACGGUAGUGACAAAUUGGCAGAUACCAGCGAUAAAACAUUCAUGCAUGCUGGUGAAAACAAUGACCCUCAUCAAGUGUUUAGCAAGCCUGAUGCUAGAGAAGAGUAA